GCGGGCCCCCUCCGCUCGCGCCAGUGUGAGUGUGCAAGGAUUCCGUAGAGGAAUUUCUUCUCUCCAAAACGGGGAGUGGGCACCGGUGCCUUGGGCCUCCUUUUCAGCAUUGCUGCAAGAGCUGUCUGGCCUCAGUCUCCCCAUCCCCGGAACCCCACUUUUCUCCUCUCUGCCAUCCUAGAUCGCUGCGGGUCAUUGUUCUUGCUGCCAAAUGGGGGUGCUUUGUACAGGCUGCCAAGUUGGGGUGUGUUCUCUUCAUCCAGUUUUUCAAACAAAACAGGGCUUCUAAGGCGGACCCUGGGCAACCCACCUGGCCAUCACUCCAAGCUGAUGCGCUGAUUCUUUCUUACCAAAUAGUAUUUUAUUGUAUAGGAGCCACGCCCUGGUUUCUUAAAGGCGCCCGGCACUGUUUGGCCAUGUGUUAUCUUUAUAGCGGUUAUGUGGGAAGCCUCCUGUGAGGCACUUAGUUUUCCCGCCUCCUGAUAUAUCCUCCCACCCCCAUCGAGGAUUUAGGGAUGCCAGGGGGAAAGAAGGUGGUCCCGAGUGGCAGCAGCGGUGCCUCGCCGAAUGCAGCCGCCGCCAGCGCUGCUGCUGCUGCUGCUGCUGCCGCCUCCCACUCUGGCAUUAAACGUUUGGAGACCAGCGAAGGGGCCUCAGCACAGAGAGACGAGGAACCAGAGGAGGAAGGGGAAGAGGACCUACGGGAUGGAGGUGUCCCUUUCUUCGUCAACCGAGGUGGACUGCCAGUGGACGAAGCCACCUGGGAAAGGAUGUGGAAGCAUGUGGCCAAGAUCCAUCCGGAUGGAGAGAAGGUGGCCCUGCGGAUCCGUGGGGCCACGGACCUUCCCAAGAUUCCCAUACCAAGUGUGCCUACUUUCCAGCCGACAACGCCCAUCCCCGAGCGCCUGGAAGCCGUGCAGCGCUACAUCAGGGAGCUGCAGUACAAUCACACAGGAACACAGUUCUUUGAAAUUAAGAAGAGCAGACCUCUGACAGGGCUGAUGGACCUGGCCAAGGAAAUGACCAAAGAGGCUCUGCCAAUCAAAUGCCUGGAAGCUGUGAUCCUGGGAAUUUACCUCACCAACAGCAUGCCCACCCUGGAACGUUUCCCCAUCAGCUUCAAGACCUAUUUCUCAGGGAACUACUUCCGCCACAUUGUGCUGGGGGUGAACUUUGGGGGCCGCUAUGGAGCCCUGGGCAUGAGCCGAAGGGAGGACCUGAUGUAUAAACCUCCAGCCUUCCGCACACUCAGUGAGCUCGUGCUGGACUACGAGGCGGCCUAUGGCCGCUGCUGGCAUGUGCUGAAGAAGGUGAAGCUGGGCCAGUGCGUAUCCCACGACCCCCACAGCGUGGAACAGAUUGAAUGGAAGCACUCGGUGCUUGACGUGGAGAGGCUGGGUCGGGAAGACUUCCGCAAGGAGCUGGAGCGUCACGCCCGAGACAUGCGUCUCAAGAUUGGCAAGGGGACAGGCCCUCCCUCUCCCACCAAGGACCGGAAGAAGGAUGUUUCCUCCCCACAGAGAGCCCAGUCCAGCCCGCACCGCAGGAACAGCCGCAGUGAGAGACGGCCGUCAGGGGAGAAGAAGCCUGCAGAGCCCAAAGCCAUGCCAGACCUCAAUGGGUACCAGAUCCGGGUGUGAGGCUGCUGCCAGCACCCCCAUGCCUCCUCUGCUUCUGGAGGCCCUGACUUACCUGCACGAAAGAAUCUACUCCUUCAGGCAGGGGUUGGUGAUCGGGUGGGCUAGGGGUGGGAGGCAGGAAGGAUGCCUUGCAGAUCAGCCCCAGGUGACUUCCCCUCCCACGGAGCCAAGCCCCUAACUUUGGGCCAAGAAGCAGUAUUUCCUUUGGAGUUUUAACCCUACAACUGAAGUUUAAGGUAUUUGGAGGGAAAGGCACGUGGUAAUGCUGGUAGCUGGCAAGGCUUGCUCUCUCUGAGCCCUCUGUGGCUUGGUGGGGAGGGCUUGCUGGCUCUGUGGUGCUCCAACCAGCAGUGAUGAAGUUGGCUAGCCUCGCCAGUCUGUGGGGUGAGGGUGGGGUGGGGUCGGGAUGGAGAAUCAUGACCCAGGGAAAGGGAAGCAGGGUAGGGGUCCCCCUGAGAAAGGUCCAUGUAGUUCUCAAAUCAGGAACGUGGCGGAGGACACAUCUGUUUAAGGUGGAAGCCUAUGACCCAGGAGAGCCCUCGGGUCAAUGUGACUCUUUAGACAGCACUGUGCGCCUCCCAACACAUACACAGGCACAUACACACACACUGACACCAUAGCCAGUGUGGGAUUACGCUAUAGGCGAACAAGGAGAGGACUGUUCAGGGAAGAGUUCCUGGCCCCCAGCACACUAGACUGGUUCAGUCUUGUCUUGACUAUUGCUGCAGCCUGGGGACUCCUUGCAGAAGGACUGGACUUUGUAGAGCGCCCAGAAUCUCACUGAGGAUACCAUGACCUUGAGAAACUGGCUGGGGAUGGGGUAGCUGAGUGGGGCCCUCUAGUUGUGUGAGUGGGCUCUUCUCUCCUGUUCUAAUCAUCUCAGCCCUUGCUGGGGAAACAAGACUAGACCAGGAUGCCUAUACCCAAGGCCCACCUUCCCUUCCUUAGCUCCCUCCCCAUUUAGGCUUGGGGUGGCAGCUAACUUGAGCGGAUGGAUCAUGGAUCGUGGGGCACUGGAAGGGAGGAGGCCAGCAGGCAGCAGCAGGAGUUGUCUCUCUCCUGGCCCUCAGGCAAGAGAUCCCAGAUAGGAAAGUGAGGAGUGGAGAGGGGCUGUCAGGGCUGGGGGAGGAGAGACAGCCCAGGAGUUGGGAGUGUAAGUGAGACAGUGGGAGGCAGUGCAGGAUGGGGCCCUGUGGGGACUGCGUUCCCUGCAGCACAGACAGUACUUGUCAGGCUUUAAGUGACAGGAUAGCAGGAUGAGGUGACCAUGAAUGGGCUUUCCUGAGAAGCAGAGUCAGCCAGAGCAGCUGCCGAGUGGCUGCAGAGGGCAGAGGGCUUGGAUAAGAGCAACAGAACUCCAAUGCCUGCAGGGCCAGCAGAUAAUGAGGAAGAGUGCUGGGUGGGGACUGUGUCCAGGAAAGAGCACACCCCCUUAAAGUGGGCUGCUGUGUUCUACUGUUCCCACAGGGCAGACCCUACGAGGUAGUUUGGGGGGGGGGCUGCUUUUUUUUUUUAAGGCCAAGGCUCUGAAUUAGAACAUGAAUUGUAAUUUUUAAAAGUUAACAGUCCGUUCAAGAAAUGAUCGUUAUAGGUAAGAAUACCAGCCUCUUGGGUACAGAGCUUGGGCUGGUUGUAGGAAGACUCCUGUGGCACUGUGAGUGGAAAAGUGGCAGUUUUAAGUUUCCCAGAGGCAGAAAGGGCCGGCUUCCUGUGUCAUCCCCUUACCCCACCCUACAGAGAUCAUGCGUGUGGUUGCUGGCUCACCAGAGGGGGUACAAUAGGAUAGAACCGUGAAGCUCUUGCCUGCCAGGAAAUGGAUGGUGGCUGGAA